UUUUCCACAGAAACGAGCGACGAGAAACGCAGAGUUUGAGUGAUGAUGGAGUCAACACAACCACUACACCUCCUCUGCUCCUCCACCGCGCAUGCCCUCCUGCUCAGGCGCAAUCCAGCUAUUAAUACUGAGGGAGGGUGAGGGGGCGAGAGAUGAGGGAGACGCGGAGAAAUCACAUCCCUCCAGGCGCUGGUGGUGUUGAUUACCACCACACAGGCCCGCCUCCUCCCAGCUCCUCGUCCACUUCGAUCCAGCGGCCCGUUGUCCACCUGCUGCGUGGUUCCAGGCUCCGUUUCACUGACUGCUGCAAUAUUUUAGAUGCAAACAUGUCGGGAGGUAAUGGCGAUCAGCUGCACCGCUCCACCUUGGGGAUUUAUUCUAGCUUGACUGAUGAGUUCAACCCAAGUCUGCAGAAACUGGUUUCACUGGGAAAGAGCUACAUCCAGGCUUUCCAAGCCCUUGCCGUCUGCAGUGAGGCCUACUUCAAUGCACUUUCGAGGAUUGGAGAGAAAGCUUUCUACACCAAGUCCUCGCGCUCUCUGGGAGACGUCCUGAUUCAGAUAUCUGAGACCCAACAAAGACUCACAUCAGAGCUGAAGGGAGUGUUCAACUGGUUCAAUGUGGAAGUUCUCCAGAUGAUGGACAACAACGUUCGACUGGACAAGGAUUACAUAUCAGAGAGCCGGCUGAAGUAUGAGAUGGAGGUUCAUAACCAGGCAGCAGCUCAGGAGCUGCAGUGGAGGAGAGGAACUAGUCAGGACAGUGGUGAGUACGUCCAGUUCCUCAGGGUGAGCCACCUGGAGGCGUUAAGUGAGGAGGAGAGGAGGUACCGCUUCCUGGCUGAGAAACACAGUGGCCUGAUCCAGUCCAUCGCUCGCCUCAUGAAUAAGACAGGAGGAGGUCUGCAGCAGAGAGCAGAUACCUGGACUGAAACGAUCGGGGCCACCAGACGAGCCGAGGGCAGGCAAGCCCCUCCCCAGGAUAACUCUGUGGGAGUGAGAUCAGAGGAGAGAAGGCAGUUAAAAGAGGAGGUGUCUCUGGGCAGAAUACCAUCCAGAGCGCCGUCUCCACUGGGAAGCGUUGCUCUGUCACGAGGGAGUGGUGGAGGAGGAACAACCAUGAGAGCCAGGGUGGCGCACCAACCAACUGGAUCUAACCGCACCUUGCUGCCCUUUUCCAGGGGAGAGAUCAUCACUGUGUUGGUCCAACAGCCCAGGAACGGCUGGCUUUACGGCUGUGCAGAGAGCAGCUCAUGUCAAGGAUGGUUUCCAGCCUCCUACAUGGAAGCAGUGGAUGAUCCUCCACAGUCCACCAGCUCCUGUUACUCCACUGUUAAGAGCAACAGCAGUAUGAGCAGCCUGUUUGACCGACCAGGAGUGGGCAACUACAACAACAGCAGAGCACCUCCACCUCCACCUCCACCACCAUCACAAACUUCCUCUAAAUCACAAGAGCAAAGAUCACAAAGCGAACUCUUCCCGAGGGGUUCCAACCCGUUUGCCACAGUUAAACUAAAGCCCACGUCCACCAACGACAGAUCAGCACCGCGUCUGCACCGGAGAUGAAGUCAAAACCUCGGGUGGCGGAUUGUGCAACUAG